AAAAGGUCUUUGGAAAAAAUUCGCAACCUUAUGUUAUUCGUGCAUGUGUGUGUGUGUGUGUGUGAUCCUUGGAGCAGCAGGAGCCAUCAUAACAAGACAAGCUCUCCUAACCAUAAAAACCUAAAAAAAACCGCAAGGAUGUGCCACAAAAACACACGUUUGGCACAUUCUUGAUGACAAGUCCCAGUGACAGGACCCCCAUAUUUAACCAAUAAAUUGAUAAUAGCAAAUAAAUAAAAAUUCCAGCUGAUAGGGGCAAAUGAGUAAAAAAAUUAAACGCAAUUCGCAAAGUAAACAUUCCCCAUACAUCUAUACAAAAAAGUGACGGGGGCACCUUAAAAAAAUAAGUAAAAACAUAAAACAACACGAAAAAAGGGAAAAAAUUCCCUGGCAGCGUUGCCACCCGGUGCCAAAGAAGGGAGCUUCAGCGAGUGGCAUUCGGCGAACGGUACUUUUUUUUCACUGCCUUUUCGCGUUUCCCCUACGUCGCCGUCGCCGUCGCAGUCACAGUCGGCGUCGACGUCGACAGUAGCAGCGGCGGCAUUGCUGAUAGAUAUUCAGUUUUUCCUUUUCCUCCCAAUGGAUUCUUAACAUUUCUCGUAAAUACAACAUACAAAAAUUACGAAAAACAAAAAAAAAAAACAGAAUCCUUAAAGAUAAGCUGUGGUAAAGCAAUGCAACAACAACAACAGCAACCAGAGCAGCAGCAGCAACAACAAAAAGUGUAGUGGGUCGCACGCGCGACUUGUGUGUGUGAAUAAUGAAGAAGAAGCAGAAACAACAACAGCAGCAGCAGCAGCAGAGGCAGAGCAAGGCGCCAUCUGAAGCGGAAUCGGAGACAGGCCGCCCCGGCAGCAACAGCAACAGCAACAACAACAACUCGCGUCGCAGCAGCGCCAGCAACAACAAUAAAAGCAGCAGCAGCGGCGGUAGCAACAACAACCACAACCACAGCCACAGCCACAACAACAACAGCAACAAGCGCUGCAGUCGGAGUCGCAGUCGCAGCAGCAGCAGCAGCUGCAGUAGCAGCAGCAGCAGCAGCAGCAACGCUAGCGUCGGCAGCGACGCCAGCAGCAUGUCCAAAACAAGCAGCGGGAUUCCUAAUGCAGCAGCAACACAAGCAGCAGCAGUAGCAGCAGCAGCAGCCGCCGCAGCAGCAGCAGCAGCAGCAGCAAGUGCAACAAAUGCCGCCAAUGCCACCGAUUUUAGUGCGUUCGACUUUAACGAUAGUUCCGAUAAUUCCGACACGCCCCUGGUGCCACGCCCACCCUUCCUGAGCCGCGCCGCUGCAGCAGCGGCAGCAGCAGCCGCCCUCAACAUCAGCAACAAUUCGGCGGGCUCGGCGGUCACCCCCAGUCCCAAUGCCUCCGUCGGGACAUUCCGCUCAUCGCCAGCCGUGGGCGAGGAGGAGGACGAGGACGAAGAGGAUGACGACGAGGAGGACGAGGAAGAGGAGGAGGAGCACCAGCAACAACAGCAACUGGCGGCAGAGCAGCAGCAGCGGGCGGCGGCAGCGGCGGCCGUAGUGGCAGCGGCGGUCAGUGCGCUGCACAAUGGCAACAAGCAGCAGCACUACAAUAACAAUAACAACAACAAUAACGGCAACAGCAAGUCGCGAGAUCGCGACGAUCAUCUGCAGGUACAGCAGCAAUCACAGCAGCCGCAAGACGAUGAGGACGAGGACGAGGACUACGACGAUGAUGAGGAGGAGGACGAGGAGGAGCAGCAGCACCAGCAGCAGCAGCAUCAGCAGGGCAAUGGGCAUGACCUCACGCCCACGGACCUGCGACAUGUGCUGCCCAGCAGCAACCAUGAUCAGCAGCAGCAACAGCAGCAACAUGCACAGCAGCAACAUCAGCAGCAGCAGCAACACGAGUCCGCUGCUUACGAUGAUGAGGGCGAGGAGGAGGAUGAGGAUGACGAGGAUGAGGACGAGGUGGCCAGCAGCCACUUGGACAGCCGUGCCACCCUCUCCUCCUCCCACCUGAACAGUAACGCUGCCGCCGAGAGCAGCGGUCUCCAUAUGGCAGCGGCAGCGGCGGCAGCAGCAGCAGCGGCGGCGGCAGCGGCUGCCUCGGCCGCCAAGCUGAGUGCCCAGCUGGAGCAGCAGCAGCAUCAGAAUGCCAAUGCCUUGGACAUGGCCACGCCCAUUGCCCCGCCACCGCCCAGUAGUUUGCUGGGCGGCAACAGCAACACCAGCUUCUCCACCAACAACAACAGCAACCACGCCCUCAGCUCAACGCAUGGGAGCAUGGGGGCGGGCGGUCAGGGCACGAAUUGCAGCAACGAUCUGUUGGCCACCGGUGGCGGCAACUCCCGAGGCGGUUCGUCCUUGGGCAUGGGCAUGAACCCUUCAUCCCUGCAGCAGCAGCAGCAGCAACAUCAGCAGCAGCAGCAGCAACAGCAGCAACACGGUGGCGGUAGCGGGGGCAGCGGCGGUAGCGGGGGAAGCAGUAGCGCGGCAAGCGAGCGGCGGAAGUACCGCCAUCAGAACUACAGCAAGAACAUCUACAUCGGCACCAAGAACGCCGAGAAGUGGGAGCACAUGCGCACCCGGCUGCAGUUCAAGAACGAUGUGGAGUUCGUGGCCUACCUUCUCAACCUGGCGGAUAACGACACGGAUCGGCUAAACAACCUGCCCCCGCCCUCCCCGGCGAACACGCCCACAAAAGGCUUCGACGGCAACUUCAAGCUGGAGCCGAAUCUCAGCGCCAAGGACUUUGCCGCACCGCCCGAAUCCUCGAUCAAUGGCAACGCCAGCGGAAAUGGCAAUACGAGCGGAAACGGAAAUGGCGACUCCACCUCGGCCGCCUCCAUUCCAAUGGCCACGCCCACAGCGCCGCAACGCAAGCGUUACAAGAAGAGAGUGCAGUUCACCUCCGAGGCGCUGAAUGGUUUCGCCGGCAAGGGCAAGGGAUCGGGAGCGGGAUCGGGUGGAGCAAGUGCAGCGGGACCUGGUUUCAGCUAUGCCAAGUCCAAGAAGCAGGAGGCCAAGGCGGCAACGGCGGCUCUGAAGGCCGGAGCCGCUGCAGCAGCGGCUGCCGCGGCAGCCGCCUCCUCCGCCCUGCCGGAGGUCCUGGACUGCCGGAUCGCGGAGAAGAUCAAAAGCGAACUGGAGGCGAACAGCAAGGAGUCCCUGCCCAAUGCCCUGUGCCUCAAGAAGGCAGCGGCGGCGGCAGCGGCGGCGGCGGCUGCAGCAGCAGCGGCCAAUGGCAGCGAGGAGGAGGACGAGGAUGAGGAUCAGACGCCCCAUCCCCACCUCCUGCCCGUCCUGGCGCCCUCCGAUGCCGUCGAUGGGAUCACCGCUAGCAAUGGCCAGGCGGGCAACUUCCAUGUGCGUUCCAAGUCCCAGGGAUCGAAGAAAUCCCAGGCGGCCAAGGCAGCAGCAGCGGCGGCGGCGGCAGCAGCGGCAGCGGCGGCCAUGAUGCCGCCAAACUCCUAUGACGAGCACGAGGAUGAGCCCGGCGGCGGUGGCGGCGGCAUCGGUGGACCCGAGGAGGACGACGAGGAGGAUGAAGAACUGGACGAGGAGGCCCUCGCCCGCGAAAUGAAAAUGGAGCAGAACUUCGUGGAGGAGGAGGAUGAGCACGACAUCGCCUUCCGGUCGCAGCAAUCCUGCCGCGAAUGCUCCAUUGCCCACGAUCACAAGCUGUGCCCGCUGCGGAAUGCCUGUGGGAACGUGACGGAUGCCGUGGAUCUGGGCGAAUGGAUCGAGCGACGCAAUCUGGAGGCCUUGGCCAAGCUGAAGGCCGAUGCCCAGCGGCAGGCGAAGCGGGCCAGCGGACGUCAGCGGCACGAGGAUGACGACAUGGAGGAUAUGGAGGACAUGGACAUGGACAUGGAUGAGUCGUCGCAGCUGUCCGAGCUGGAGACCAAGCCGCUGAUCACCUUCGCCGAGGCCUCCGUGCCGGCAGAGUUCGAGCUGCACAACGUGGAGCCCAAUGUCACCGGUGUGUUUGCCCGCACCGAGGUGAGGGCCUUCACCAAACUGGGCCCACUCAUUGGACAGCCGGUGCAGACUGGCGAGGUGCGCGAGGGCAGCGACAUGAAGUGGAUCUUCGAGAUGUGCGAGGCCGGGGCGGACAAAUCGUAUCUGCUGUGCUGCGACAAUCCCAACGCCUCCAACUGGCUGAGAUUCGUACGACCCGCGCCGAGCUACGAGGACCGCAAUGUCAACCUGGUGUCCAUCGAUCGGCAGGCGUACUUCGUCAGCUGUCGCGACCUGCGGAAUGGAAUGGAGCUGCUCUACUGGAGCGACGAUUGCAACACCAUGUGGCGCAAAAAGCACACGGAGAAGACGAACUGCGGCGGCUGCAACCUGAAGUUCGAGCACCCCCUGUACUACCGCACCCACUGCUCCGUCUUCCACGAUCCCUCGAUGAGCCUGACCAUCCGCAAGUACCACUGCAAGGUGUGCGGUGAGCCCGUGCUGGGCAAGGACAACAUCAUGAAGCAUGCGGCGGAGAAGCACGACGGCAAGGGGGCGUACCAGUGCCAAUUCUGCAGCAAGUUCUUCCUGCGGCUCAACUACCUGGAGAUGCACCGGACCUACGGAUGCGCCUCGAACCCGAAUCGAUCGCGACCCGUCUGCGACUUUUGUGGCCGGAAGUUCUGCCAGCCGCAGAAGCUGAAGGCGCACAUCAAGCGCAUGCACAGCGGAUCGCGAGCGGCAUUGCAGCGCCACUCGAAGGAGGUGCACAGCCGCAACUCGACGGUGGUGAGCUGUCCGCGGUGCCAGAAACUCUUCCAGAAUCGCAGCAAUCUCAAGAUUCACAUGCUGACCCACUCGGGCGUCAGGCCGUUCAAAUGCGCCGAACCGGAGUGCAAUGCGGCGUUCACCACCAAGCAGUGCCUGCAGUUCCACUACAAGAAGGUGCACAACUACACCCAGGAGCAGAUGCCCAAGAUCGAGAGGAGUGUGGCGUAUACGUUCGAUGCCUAUUCCGGCGGCAUGAAGGUGGACUUUCUGGGUAAGCAGACGGCGACGGCGACGGCCACGGCCACGCAGCCACGCCCUAAUGCGGCCGUCGUCUCCCCCUCCUCGUUCACAGAGCAAGCACCGAGGAGGCGGCGCAAGAGCCUCGAGGACCAGAGCUCCAUGCUCAGCGGAUCGCUGCAGAGCGAUGCGGAGUUCAGCGAUGACAACCUGUUCGAGGCGAUCAAGAAGAGUGGCAAAUCGAUCAAGGACCUGUGUCGCAAUGAGCCGAAUCUCUCGCUGCUCAGCUCCAAGAUCUCCAGCAUUUUCGGAGACAAGGUGCCAUCGGCGGCGGCCUCGUUGUCCGCUUCCGUUUCCGGUGCCACCUCCUCGGGCGGUCGCAAGCGGAAGCGCAAGAAGGAGCUCAGUGCGGCGGCCCAGCAGCAGCCACAUCAUCAUCAUCACAGCCACCAGCAGCAGCAGCAACACCAGCAGCAACAGCAACAGCAACAGCAGCAGCAGCAACAACAGCAGCAGCACCAGCAGCAGCAUGCCCAGCAGCUGCAGCACCAACAGCUGCAGCAGCAGCAUGUACAGCAGCAGCAACAUCAGCAGCAGCAACACCAUCACCACCAGCAACACCAGCAGCUGCAUCAUGAUCCCCAGCAGCAGCAUCCGCAGUACCAUCCCCACCAGCUGCAUGCCCACUCCUUGCCGCACCAGCAGCAGCAGCAACAGCAGCAGCAACAGCAACAACAGCAGCAGCAACAACAGCAGCAGCUACACGGCGAUCCCGAUGACGAGGAGGUGGAGAACGCCCGGCUGGAGCAGGUGCGUCGCAAGCAGAACGCCCAGCUGAGCCUGGUGGAGUCCUUCCUGACCACCACCGCCCAGCGGCUGAGUGCCCAGCAGCAGGUGCAACAAGUGGUGGCGGCGGCGGCAGCGGUCUCGGCCAUGGCCGGAGCUGGCGAGGAUCCCGCCAAGCUGGGCCACAUGAUGGGUCACAUGGGCGUGGGCGUGGGCGUGGGCAUGGACGAGGAGGAGGACGAUGACGAGGACGACGAGGAUGGCGGCGGCGGCGGUGGUGGUGGCGGCUCUUCGGUGCAUCCGCAUGUCCAUGCCCACCAGGCAGCCCACCACUCCCAUGUCCAUGCGCACGCCCACCCGCACCACGCCCACUCGCACUCGCACGCCCACCCGCACCAGCAUCCCGCCGCCCAGGGGGCGGGUCAGCAGGACUACCGCCAUGCGGCCGCCAUGAACGCGGCUCUCGGCCAGAAUCUGGUGGUCAGCAAGGGCAGCAAGAAGUGGAUCCAGGAGGUGCAGGACUCCAGUGAGGUCGGCGGGGAGGGAGCGGGCGGAGGUGGUAGUGGUGGACCCGGUGACAGCGGCGCCUGCAGUCAGCUGGUGCCCGGUGGUUCCGGUCCAGGCUCCGAUCUGGGAUUCGCUGUGCCGCCCAGUGCCGUGGAUGAGCACAGCAAGCUGCUCGGCCAGAAUCGCGACUUCCUGGCCCGCCUGAUGAGCAGCGCCAGCGCUAGCCACGCCCAUGCCCACGCCCAUGCCCAUGCCCACGCCCAUGCCCAUGCGCACGCCCACCAAACGCAUCAGCCGCUCCAGCAGCACCAGCACAGCGCCCACAGUCGCGAGGAGGACGAGAACAGCUCCUUCCUGGACGUCGUCGAGUCGAACAACAAUGCCGCCGCCGCCGCCGCUGCCGCCGCCGCAGCAGCAGCGGCCAUGUCGCAUUAUGGAGGCGGUACGGGCGGCGGCGGCGGCGGCGGCGGAGGUGGAAGCGGUGGCAGCGGGGGCGGCGGAAGUGGUGGUCAAACGCCCACGGGUCCUGCGACGGGCGGCACAGUCUCCGGCGCCGAUGAGCCCCAGAUGCAGAUGAACUCCCUCGCCCACUCGCAGUCCUUCAUGAGCUCCUUCUACAACAACGCCAACGCCCGUGUGGGCGGAGUGGGCGGCGUGGGCGUGGGCGGCGGCUCCUCCUCGGCCAGCAUGCUCGUGGAGGCGGCCCUCAAUUCCGUGGGCAAUAUGAUCGACAGCGAGAGCAGCGACCUCAAGGUUCCCACCGACAACCACAUAAACAGCGACAGUCCGAUGAGCGCCCACGUGGAUCCCGAGUCGCAGCGCUUUGGAGCGGGCAGUGCCGGCGGAGCGGGAGCGGGAGGAGGAGGAGGCGGUGGAGGAGGAGGAGGUGGAUCCAGCGGAGGAUCCUCGGGUGGGGCGAACGGAACAGGCAUUGGCGGGGCCAUGGACAACCUGGAGAACGAGCUGAAGAUGAUGAAGAAUCUGGGCAGCUUCCCAAUGCAGAUUCCACCGCUGCCCAUGUUCCAGGGUGCCUGCAAUAUAUCGCCCAGCGCCUCGACGCCGACGAAUCCGCAGAGCAAUCAGAACCAGAACGAUGUGGAUGUGGAUGCGGGCAGCACGCCCCGUCCACAGCAUCCGGAUUCCGAUGGCUUCUCCUCGUCGCACCACCGAACUCCGCCCUCGCCGCCGCCCAUUUCGCCGGGUCGCGAUUACGGCGGCAUGUUUGGAGCGGGCAAUGGAGGAGGCGGUGGCCCCGGAUCGAAUAGCACACCGGCGGGCAGCUCCAGCGGCGGCGGCGGAGGAGGCGGCGGGCCCGGCGGUGGUGGUGCGAACAGCAUGUCCGCCUCGUCGCCCCUGCCCGCCCUCCAGCCGCAGAGGAGGAACGCGUCCAGCGUGGGCAGCACCUAUCCGGAGCACGAGCUCAUCUCGCCCGCCUCCUCGCCGAGCAUUCCGCGCUACAACUUCAACGGCGACAUGAUGCGCCACAAGCGGGCCGUCCAGGAGCAGGAGCACCAGGAGCGCCAGCGGCAGAACAUCUCGCGCCACAACCAGAUGUCCAGCGACGAGGAGAACAGCAUCAUGCCACAGAACAGCGCCGGCCAGGACAUGCGCAUGAAGUUCCCGCAGUCGCAGAUCGACCUGAUGUACUCCAAGUACGAGAGCAUGGCCAGCAACCUGAAGUACAACAGCCAGGAGCUGGACUCGCCGGCGGAGUACCGCCAGGCGGGCGGCGGCAACGGCGGCAAUGCGGCGGUCAGCGCGGCAGCGGCGGCGGCAGCGGCGGCCAGUGCCGCCAACGAUCUGUCCGAUCUGCAGGGACUCGACAUGAGCUCCAGGUCGAAUGCGGCGAGCAGUAACUAUCACCACAACUUCCAGUUGCCGAGCAGUCGGUACCACCAUCACAUCUACGACAUCCUCUCCGAUCGCGAACAGCAGAGCCAGCAGGCCCAGCAGGCGGGCGGUUCCGUGGUGGGUGGUGGUGGCGGCGGAGGAGGCGGUGGGGGAGGUGGUGGUGGUCCAGGUGGAGCCGCCUCGGUGGUGCACCAGCAGGAGCACGGUCAUGGGCAGCACCAUGCGAUGCAGCAGCACCAGCAGUCGGCGGCCGCCAUGCACAACAUGCUCAGCGAGCAGCUGGGCGAGCAGGAGCACGACCAGACCACCUCGGUGGACCUCAGCCGGACGGCCAACUAUGUGGUUUCAUCGCCGCCCCAGCUGCCCUACAACCAUCCCACGCACCACGACAUGCUGCGGAUGGCCUCGCUGGAUCUCACACCCAAUACGGCCAACAUGGCGGUGGGCAACAAUCGAUCCUUCCUCUCCUCACAGAUGCAGCACCAGAGUCGCGAGAGCCUGGAGCAUCAUCGCCUCCUGUCCACGGUGGAGCAGCAUCGCAUUUUGGCCGCCUCGAAUGCAGCGGAUCAGCACCGCCUCCUGGUCGAUCCCACCGCCCAUCUGCUGAUGGAACAGAACAAUCGGCUGCUGGGCACGGCGGAUCAGUCACGCCUCCUUGGCGAAUCGGCGGCGGCAGCUGCCCAGAAUCGUCACAUGGCGCGGAGCUUUGGGGCCUAUCACCAGGUGGCCUCCAGCAAUUACCAUCCGGGCGUGAGGCCACCGCCCGUCCUGCCCUCCGCCAACCACCACGCCUCCAAUCCGUCGAACUACCACCCCUUCCCCGCCUACUACUAAUUGGCAUGGGCGGAGGUAGUGGAUUCCGAGUCAGAGUCGGAGGCAGCCGGGAUAAAGUGCACUUUGUGGGUUCCAACUGGAUGACAUCCGGAAUCGAGUAGCCUAAUUUAACUUAAAGUUUAGUUUCCUUGAGAUCCCCCAUUCAGUUGAUGCAGAUUCCAAAGAGUUUCCACUUGAUAUUGUUGCUUAAGAAUAAUAAGAGGGUUCGUUAAAUAACAUUUUUCACAAAUAAAACAUAAAAACUUAAAAACUAAUGCAAAUUUUAAAAUAAUCUUUUUUUGAUAUAUAUUAAUUUUUGUAAUUUGAAAAGAGUUUUUGAAAUUUUUCAAUCUUAAAACCAUUGGGAAAAGUGACAUUGAACCAUUCUUGGGUUUUCAAUGCGUAUUUCAACUUGAAAUUUGUAAAAGACUUUUUAUAUUUUUUAAAAAUAUUUUAAAACAUGUAGGAACUUUUAAGAACGUAGAACAAACUGCGAUUCCUUGGAAAACUGUACUCAAACUUCUGUUUAAAAUUCCCAAGUAGUCGAAAAAGUUUUUGCAUUUCACACAACUUACUAAAUCCUCUGAAACUAAAUUAAAAUUUCGAAUUUUAAUUUCGAAAUGUGUGCCAAUACGCCUGAGUGUAAAUUUUGAUUUGCUUCUCUGACAUUCGACGGCUGGCAAGUCGAUUUUGUAUUUGUACACAAUAAUAUUAAAUAUGUAUAGUUGUAUAGGAAGCAUAAUUAUAAUAAAUAUAUAUAUAUAUAUAUAUAUAAAAAUGAGAAACCCAGAAAUGAAUGCGACAGAAAACAUAGAAAACGAUAAAAACAUAAGCCUGAUGCGAACAAUUUUUUAAACGCAAAUUCGCCGCUGAGUUUGGAUAGAAAAAGGUAAAUGAUAUAGGAAACGAUGUUGAUAAUAAUAUUUUUACACCAAGUGAAAAUAAAUGCAUAUAAACGAGUACAAAGUGUUAGAAGAGGACGGAAGCUCCAAAAUCCCCAAGUUCGGCUUUCCUAUAAAACCAGAUCCCCAUCUUCUACUUCUUCUUCUUCGGCUUUCCCCAUCCCACACAUCCAAAACUGCGUAUGCAAACUCAGCGAUCCAGAAAUACCAGAAAGGCACAACAAGAUGCACACUAUAUAUGUAAAGCAGAUAUAGAUAUAAUACGCGACCGAUCAGGAACUUAGCUCAAGCAUCUUAACACUUAACGGAACGAGUCCGAAACUUCGAAGUCUUUUUUUUGUACUAUUUAAUUAUAAAUAACACGUAUCCAGUAUGGUAUAGGGGCUAUAUAUCGAUAUAAACUACCCAUAACUGUACUAAAUGGUAUUUGUAUAACUAAGUUAUGAUUUAAUGUAAAUUAUUAAAUUUAUAUAAGAGUGCAAAAGGCGAUAAAGGAGAGGAAAUACCGCAUAAUGAAACGAGAUAAACACCACAUACCAAAAAAAAAAAAAUAUAAGAAAAAAAAACAAACAAAACCCAUGAUAAUAAAUAUAAACACACACCCCACACACACACACACACACACACACCCACACACAGAGAGAUAAGGGGAGAGAGAUCGCUGAUCCACAUGAUAUGUAUACACCUAUAUAUAUGCAUAUGGCGUAAUCAAAUUAUCGAUUAUUAAUAAACCGUAAAUCGAACAAUUAUUUGAAAGGAAA